UCCUGACGCUGCCCGCCCUCGGCGGUGCUCCUCUUUAGUCUUCUGUCCCUACCCGGCGAGCCGUCAGGCUUCGGGCUAGGGCUAGGGGGUUCCAGCCGAGGCUCCGGAGGCUGAGACCUCAGCAUAGUAUCAGACUGGGCGCCACCAGCAGUCACCCCAACCUGGGCCCGGGAGCGCACGCGUCUUUGGAGCCGUCUGCAGCGUUUCAACUUCCCCAGGGAGCCAACUUUAGGGUGCGACCCAGAAGACCCUCCCGUGGAGUCUCAGCGAGUGGAACCCAAGGAGCCCCCAGGCGCGCCGGGACCGCGCGUCGGGCCGCACCCUGCCGCGCCUUAAAGGGCCGGAAGGCCAGGGGCGCUCGGCGGCCGCCACGGUCAUGGAGGGCGCGCUUGCGGCCAACUGGAGCGCCGAGGCGGUCAACGGGAGCGCGGCGCCGCCGGGGCCUGAGGGCAACCGCACGGCCGGGCCGCCGCAGCGCAACGAGGCUCUGGCGCGCGUGGAGGUGGCCGUGCUCUGCCUCAUCCUCUUCCUGGCGCUGAGCGGCAACGUGUGCGUGCUGCUGGCGUUGCGCACCACGCGCCACAAGCACUCGCGCCUCUUUUUCUUCAUGAAGCACUUGAGCAUAGCCGACCUGGUGGUGGCCGUGUUCCAGGUGCUGCCGCAGCUGCUGUGGGACAUCACCUUCCGCUUCUACGGGCCCGACCUGCUGUGCCGCCUGGUCAAAUACCUGCAGGUGGUGGGCAUGUUCGCCUCCACCUACCUGCUGCUGCUCAUGUCGCUCGACCGCUGCCUCGCCAUCUGCCAGCCGCUGCGUGCGCUACGCCGGCGCGCCGACCGCCUGGCGGUGCUCGCCACCUGGCUGGGCUGCCUGGUGGUCAGCGCACCACAGGUGCACAUCUUCUCGCUGCGUGAGGUGGCGGACGGCGUCUUCGACUGCUGGGCGGUCUUCAUCCAGCCCUGGGGGCCCAAAGCUUACGUCACGUGGAUCACGCUCGCCGUCUACAUCGUGCCGGUCAUCGUGCUCGCUGCCUGCUAUGGCCUCAUCAGCUUCAAGAUCUGGCAGAACUUGCGGCUCAAGACGGCAGCGGCAGCCGAGGGGCCCGAGGGCGCGGCGGCGGGCAGCGGGGGGCGCGCGGCUCUGGCACGCGUCAGCAGCGUCAAACUCAUCUCAAAGGCCAAGAUCCGCACAGUUAAGAUGACUUUCAUUAUCGUGUUGGCCUUCAUCGUGUGCUGGACGCCAUUCUUCUUCGUGCAGAUGUGGAGUGUCUGGGACACCGAUGCGCCCAAGGAAGCCUCGGCUUUCAUCAUAGCCAUGCUCCUGGCCAGCCUGAACAGCUGCUGCAACCCCUGGAUCUACCUGCUCUUCACCGGCCACCUUUUCCACGAACUGGUACAGCGCUUCCUCUGCUGCUCCUCCCGCUAUCUGAAGGACACCCGGCCAGGAGAGACGAGCCUCAGCAAAAAAAGCAACUCGUCCACCUUUGUGCUGAGCCGGCACAGCUCCAGCCAGAGGAGCUGCUCACAGCCGUCCACCGUGUGACCAGCCUGGGUCGGGACUGCCUCCCUGGGCUCAGAGUGUGCUGACACGGGCAGUCUGCCCCGCGGUGGCCACAUGUGGUUGUGAAUAAGGUACCUUUCAGUUCGUAUGACUCCAUACCUCGGGGUAGCUCGAGUGGGGUGGGGAGGAGGUCUCCAUGGUGGAAGACGAUAGGGUGAUCGACCAUCAGACCGUCCCUGGGUCUCCCCAGGCUCCCACAGUACUUCUGCCCUGACCCCCACUGCUGCCCUUGGCUGGUGGAUGGGUUGUCUUUUUAGUCCUGGACCUAUAGUUUCACUCCCAUAUCUUUUAACUCCUUUUUUCAGGGAUCUUGUGAAAGGUGGUAAAUAUAGGAUUGGUGACCAAUUGGGUGAAGAAGCCUAGUGUGCUGAGCCUGGCAUAAAGGGACCUCAGAUGGGGAGGGUGGUACUAAUAUCCCCCUCACCUCAAGUGCAUUGUCUUUGUGUGGACCGAUCCUAGCAUCCUUGGGUACCAGCUUGUCAGAAGGGGGCCCUAGGAACAGCGGAUUCCCUCCUGAGACCAUUUGGCACGAAACUUGGGUUAAAAAUGCUUAAGAAGCUAAUUUUUAGAAGGAGUUUGGAAAGAAAAAGAAAAGUCCCCUAAAUUGAAGAAGUGAAACUUUCUGCGGGUGACAUGAUUCUGUAUGUAGGAAAUUCUAAGGAAUUCAUAUCCACACACAUGCACCCACAUGCCCAUCAGAACUAAUAAAUGACUUCCGCGAGGUUUAAGGGUAUGGGGUCAAUAUUAAAAAAAUCAAUUGUAUUUAUUUAUACUAACAGAACAAUAUUGAAAUGAAAUUAAGAAAUAGUUCCAUUUACAAUAGCAUCAGAAAUUAUAAAAUUUAAUACAUUUAAUGAAAUAAGACUUACAACUUGAAAACUACAAAAUGUCACUGAAAGAAAUUGAAGAAGACUUAAAUAGAAAGACACUCUGUGUUCAUGGAUCAGAGACUUAAAUAUUGCUAAGAUAACAAUAUUCUCUAAAUAGAUCUACAGAUUCGGUGCAGUCCCUGUCAAAAUCCUAGCGUGCUUCUUUGCACAAACUGAUCCUAAACUUUGUAUGGAAAUGCAAGGGACCCAGAAUAGCCAAAUAAACCUCGCAAAAGAGGAACCAAAUCGGUGGAUACAGGUGGAUCCACUUUGAGGUUUCAAAACUUAGUUCAAAGCUACAGUAAUCAAAAGAGUGUAGUACUGGCAUGAGCCUAGACAUAUAGACCAGUGGAAUCUCAAAGAGAAUACAGAUAUAAGCCCUUAAAUUUACAGCCAAUUGAUUUUUGAUGUGUGACAAGAGAAUUCAAUAGGGAAGAUAGUCUUUUCAACAGUGUUGAGACAACUGGAUAUCCACAUACAAAAGAAUGAAGUUGGACCCCUACCUCACACUAUAUACAAAAAUAAACACAAAAUGCAUCCAAGACCUAAAUGUAAGAACAAAAACUAUAAAACUCUUAGAAGAAAAGACAGGCAUAAAUCUUUGUGACCUUGUGACCUUGGAUUAGACAACAGUUUCUUAGAUAUGACCCCCAAAAUCACAAGCAAAGGAAAAAUAGAUAACUUGGACCUCAUAAAAAUUGGGUGAAAAACUUUUGUGCUUCAAAGGACGGUAUCACAAAGGUGAAAAAACAACUUGCAAAAUGGAGGAAAAUAUUGGCAAAUCAUAUGCUUGUAUCUGAAAGAUAACAAGAACUCUUACAACUUAGAUAAGCCAAUUUAAAAAGUGGGAAAAUAUUUGAAUAAACAAAUGAGUAGACAUAUUUUCAUAUCUUAUCCUUGGAAGAUAAACACAUGGCCCAUAAGCACACUUAAUAUUAUCAUUAAGGAAGUUACAAAUCCUAGUGAAAUACCACUUCAUACCCACUAAGAUGGCUAUACAGUCAAAAAGAUGGGCGAUAACAGGUGUUGGCGAGGCUGUAGAGAAGCUGGAACUGUCAUGCCUUGCUGUGGGAGCGUAAAAUGGUGCAGCCACUUUGGAAAAUAGUUUGGCAGUUCCUCAAAAAGUCAAACAGAAUUACCAUAUGAGCCAGAAAUGCCACUCCUAGGUAUUUACUCAAGAGAAAUGAAAUCAUAGAGAUACACAAAAACUUGUACAUAAAUGUUCAUAGCAUCAUAAUUUAUAAUAGGCUAAAAAUGGAAGUAACCCAAAUGUCUACCAACUGAUGAAUGGAUAAAUAAAACGUGGUAUCUAUACAAUGGCAUAUUACUGAAUAAUAACAAGAAAUGAAGUAGUAAUUCAUGCCUCACAUGAAUGAACACUGAAAACAUUUCUAAGUGAAAGAAGCCACAACAAAAAGCCACAAAUGAUACGAUUCUACUUACAUGAAAUGCCCAGAUGUGGCGAAUCUCUAGAGACAGAUUAUAGAACAGUGCCUGC